AUGCGGAGCUGGUGCCUGUGUCAGAUCUGCACGUGCGGGCGACACCGCUGCCCACAUGGAACCACGAGGAUUUACGAACACUCUGGCGCCUUUUGCCCAACGACGGAAUAUCUGGAAAACUACCCCACAUAUGGCAUCGUCCCCCCAGCCCAGAGUCUCAAGCCCAAGCCAGACGCCCGGGCGGACCGCGGGCAGAUGGACGGGAUCACGACCUUUAAAUCGGAUUACCGCCCCCAUGAGAUAGUCCCGCGGCCCCGCCACCUUCCAGAAGAAUACAAACCGCGAUCGGGGGACAUUGAUCUCCAUACCACCUACAAGCGGGACUUCAACCCGUACCCCGCGCAGCCCGUGGCGAUGGUCCGGCCCCCAGAGGGACGGCACGUUCAGAAAGGGAAGCUGGACACCGUCCCCACCUACAAAGACGAUUACAGAGCGUGGGAACCCCAGAAAAGCCGCCUCUGCAAGCCGGAGCGCGCGUACCGCCCCCCGUCGGCGCAGUUCGGGAACCCCACCACCACGUUCCAGGACGACUUCGUGCCCCGGGCCGCCCCGGGGCCCCGGCAGAGCUUCCGGCCGCAGCCGCAGAUGCCCGUCCUCUCGUGGGCAGCGGGGGCGUUCGACGGGGUGAGCACCUUCCGGGCCCACUACGUGCCCCACGAGCCGGUGCCCAGGGACAGCUGCAAGCCCACCCCGGCCCCCGCGCACGGCCCCGGCCCCUUCCAGGACCAGACCUCCUACUCCGUCGACUUCGUCCCCAAGAGGCAGGAGGUCUGCCCGGCCAGCUUCCCGUCCCCCCCGGGGUACGUCUUCGAGGCGGCCAACUCCCGGGGCCACCGGUUCUUCCGCAAGGUCGCGCCCGCCGCCUCCUCCAGGCAGGCCUCCUAG